AUGACAGAAGAACAAAUUGUGAUUAUUUUCAAGGCUGUUGGUCAGGUUGUAGGAUUUAGGCUCGCCUUCGACAGAGACACAGAAAAACCAAAAGGUUAUGGCUUUUGUGAAUUUGCAGAUCACGAGACUGCUCUUUUGGCUGUUCGUAAUCUCAAUAAUACGGACUGCGGAGGUCGUUCAUUGCGUGUCGAUUUGGCCGAUUUGGACCCUCUUCUGGAAGGAAAAACGACUGUUAGAGGCCGUAUAAUGGAUAGGGGUUACACUGGGUCAUCCGAAUACCGUAGCCGAAUGCAUUUGGAUGCAAAUGACGGGGGUAAAGGGCAGUGGAAUGACAAUGAUACAUUUUUAGUGAAUAUCCCACCUGGGAUAACCAUCCCGAGUGGUGUUUCAGCACUUGACCACAUUAAAUGGAUCGUGGCUGAGUUACCGGAGAGUAAAGUUCGCGAGGCCCUGGCUCAGAUGAAGGCUUUCGUGAUCACAUAUCCUGAAAAAGCUCGAACGCUGCUCAUUAAGUACCCACAGCUAGCCUACGCACUUUGCCAUUCCCUCGUACUGAAUCGAUUUGUUGAUCCAAUUAUGAUUGAACGUAUGCUCGCUUCCUCGCGACGACCCGCUGCGGCUGGUAGUUCUCUAACUCAAUCUCCAAUCGACCAAGGACCAACAGGUUCAGAUAGCCAAUACCCACUGUAUACGCCAUACUCCCCAUUGCAUGGCCUGCAUUAUUCCUCAAGUCAGUUGAUGCCAACGACACGGGAGCAAUCGUCGAUUGCCGUAAAACCCCAUGCGCAUGCCCAAUAUCUCCUCCUUGAGUUACAUAGGAUCUGCCACGACCCGUCGUUGUCGCCUUGUACCUCCCCACUUACACUUGUCGAACCUCCGUUAAUAAAGCAGCAACAACAGCUUGCGCAAAUAGCAACGGCAUUUGUGGAGAUGGAUCCAGAACAACAACGUGCUAUAUCGAUAGUGUUGGGUAUGACUCAGGAACAUAUCGACAACAUACCCGAACCUGCAAAGUCGCAGAUUGUGCAGGUGUCACUACUUAUCACUGGCGGGGAGAGCGACGUGAAUAAAGCCUAUGUGCUGCGUCCUGUUACGAAAUGUCAAGCAAUUCUUGAAGAGCUAUGA